UAUAUCUCCCCCGACCCCAUGCAAUGCAAUGGUGUCGUUGAGCUCCAGAGAAGGGAAGAGGGGUGAUGGGGAAGCCUGCGACGAGCGGCGGCGGCGGCCGGUGCAAGCGUCACCCGAAGCACCGGCAGGCCAUCGGCGUCUGCCCUUUUUGCCUCCGAGAGCGGCUGUUCCACCUCACCCACCACUCCUCCGCCUCUUCCUCCUCCGCUGCACCUGAUCUCUCUUCCUCCUCCGCCUCCUCCUCGCCCUACUCCUCCGACUCCGACCUCUCCUCCGCCGCUUCCUCGCCUCCGCGCCACCACUACGUUAAGAGAGCGCGGGUCUCCCUUCUUCUCAGACGCGAAGCAGCAGCACCAGCAGGAAGAGGUCUUGGCGGCGGCUGCGGCGGGCUGGCCAAGAGCCGGUCCAUGGUCCUCGUCGCCAGAGGUCGCAAGGAGGAAGGCAAAGAGAAAGAGGAGACAGGUCUCGAUCAAGAGAAGGAGAAGCUGAAGAAGAAGAAGAAGGAGAAGUUUUGGUCUAAGCUGUUGAGCGGGUCGAAGAGGAGGCAGAAGAAGGAGGGUGGUGGUGCUGCCUUGAUGCACUCGCAGACCUUCAAGGAGAAGCCUUCUGCAAAGUGGGUCUUCUUCUCAUGAGAAGAACCUUUCUGCCUCCAUUAUAGUUGGACUAUACUGGUAUUAGUUUUGUGUUCCGCAAGUAAUCUGUACAGAUGAAGGGAAUUAAAAGAAGAAUUGUUUCUGUAGAGCUUAUUUUAUAUUCAAUUCUUGGUAGGAAGACAGCAAUCCAAUUUUGUUUGCUGACUUGCCAAUAGACAAUAAGAUUGGCUUCUUUGAGUACCAAAUCAGAAUGAUAGAUUUGGAUACAGAGAGCUAAGUAUUUUUUUUGUUUUUCCUUUAUUGUUCUCCAUGUGUUCAUUUCAUCGCUUGUGUUAAAUCUAUGAUUUGAUUUAAAAUGCAAGUAAA